GUCUUCGUUGUCAUCCCUCCCAAUCCUUUGGUUCCUUUUCCUUUCUCGUAAAAUAGUCAUCCAAGUACCCAACAAAAAUUCUUGUUUGUAACUCAGAGUAGAAAGCCCAGAAGGAAAAACAUGCAACCCAAUUCACAGGUCAACCAACGCAUUGCAAGAAUUUCAGCCCAUCUCCACCCUCCUAAUUCCCAGAUGGAGGAGAAUCCGAACUUGACGCCCACCAAUUGCCGGGCCAAAGGGGGCUCACCUGGUUUCAAGGUGGCUGUCUUGGGUGCAGCAGGAGGAAUUGGGCAGCCUCUAGCAAUGUUAAUGAAGAUGAAUCCUUUGGUGUCGGUGCUUCAUCUCUAUGAUGUUGUUAACACUCCUGGUGUCACUGCUGACAUUAGCCACAUGGAUACAGGUGCUGUGGUACGUGGGUUUCUGGGGCAACAGCAAUUGGAAGCUGCCCUUACGGGCAUGGACCUCGUAAUUAUUCCAGCUGGUGUUCCUAGGAAGCCUGGGAUGACAAGGGAUGAUUUGUUCAACAUCAAUGCUGGAAUUGUUAAGACCCUUUGUGAAGGGAUAGCAAAAUGCUGUCCAAAGGCUAUUGUUAAUUUGAUUAGUAACCCUGUUAACUCCACAGUGCCAAUUGCUGCUGAAGUUUUCAAGAAAGCUGGCACUUUUGAUCCAAAUCGACUUUUGGGAGUCACAAUGCUUGAUGUUGUCAGAGCCAAUACUUUUGUGGCAGAAGUUUUGGGGGUUGAUCCCAGGGAAGUUGAUGUCCCAGUUGUAGGGGGACAUGCUGGGGUUACUAUUUUACCUCUUCUAUCUCAGGUUAAGCCUCUCUUCUCUUUCACCCAACAAGAAAUUGAUUAUCUGACUGAUCGCAUUCAAAAUGGUGGCACAGAAGUUGUUGAGGCCAAAGCUGGUGCUGGAUCUGCAACAUUAUCAAUGGCGUAUGCUGCCGUAAAAUUCGCUGAUGCAUGCCUUCGGGGCUUAAGAGGAGACGCUGGCAUUGUCGAAUGUGCAUUUGUGGCUUCUCAUGUGACUGAACUGCCCUUCUUUGCAUCCAAAGUACAGCUUGGUCGAUCUGGAAUCGAGGAAGUGUACCCUCUUGGCCCCCUAAACGAGUACGAGAGAGCUGGUUUGGAGAAGGCAAAGAAAGAAUUAGCGGCAAGCAUUGAGAAAGGGGUUUCCUUCCUCAAGAAAUAAUCAUAUGGCAAUUAACUCAAAACAGACUGCUUACUAAAAUCUCAGAACAAAGAUAUCUGGAAAUAAGUGGCAAGUUCUACACGUUAUGUGCUAAUGGUUUUUGCAUGGAACCUAAGCAAGGAGAUAUUUGUCUUUGGAGCUUGAAUGAAAUUCAUGUAAUAAAGAGAACAGAUUGUAAAUUAGUUAUUUUAAAAUCAAAUGAAGAGUUCACC